GGUCUAAAUAAAUCCUCAGUCAAAAUAACUGAAAGACCGCAAGUUUUUAAUUUCUGCUUGAAUAUCCAGAGGGUCAUGAUAAGAAUUGACUGAUUUCCAUUACUGUUCCGAAAGCAUAUACAAGGCAAAAUGGAUGACCAGGCUUGCCCCCGUUGUAAAACUACGAAAUACAGAAAUCCAUCCCUAAAAUUGAUGGUAAACAUCUGUGGCCACGCUUUGUGCGAAAGUUGUGUGGAUUUGUUGUUUUUAAAAGGUUCCGGUUCUUGUCCUGAUUGUAAUGUUCCACUACGUCGAAGCAAUUUCAGAGUUCAGCUUUUUGAAGACUCUAUGGUAGAAAAAGAAAUAGACAUAAGAAAGAGGGUGCUAAAAGACUUUAACAAGAAAGAGGAGGACUUUGCAAACUUAAGGGAGUAUAAUGACUAUUUGGAGGAAAUAGAAACUAUAAUAUUUAAUUUAGUUAAUAAUAUAGAUAUUGUUGGAACUAAUAAAAGGAUAGAACAGUACAAGAAAGAUAACAAAGAGAUCAUUAUGAAGAAUAAAGCAAAAAUAGGAAGAGAAGAAUUUGAAUUGGAAGAAAUACUUGAAAUAGAGAAACAAAUGGAAGAACUUAAGAGAGCAGAGAUCCUCAAAAUGGAGGAGGAAGCCAAAAAGCAGAAGAUUAGAGAAAAGGAGGCUCUUAUAGAUGAGCUUAUGUUUGCAGAGGGAGAUGCAAAGGAAAUAUUAAAUACAUUUGCUCAGACUGUUGCAAAUAAACAAGAAGAAGUGGUGCCUCUUCUACCCAAAGUAACUCAGUUCUCCACAGGAGUUAAAUUUACCAGAGGCUCAGGCCAACAGCCACUGCCGCUUAUAGAGGAAGGUCCUCUGUACAGGUAUGAGGCUCCUGAAAUACCAGACCGAUGUGGACCCGACCCUCCCACCAUUCAAGAGAUCUGUAGCAAUGGGUAUCUGCAACAUGUUAGGGCAGAGAAUGAUACAGAGAAGGCGGGAGGCUAUACAUCCACUCUGCCAUGUCUACGAGCUCUCCAGGAUGCGCUGUCUGGCCUCUACCAUGCUAGCUGACAGGGCGAGCUAAAUGUUGUUGACACCAUAGUACUUGACUAGCAUAAGCUACCCAUUAAUUUCAGUUACUACCCAUAAGUGUUAAGUUUAAAAGUUAACGAAUAUGAAAAAAAUUAGGUUUUUUUGAUUGUUAUUGACUUUUUUAGCUGGCUUUCGGCUCUAGUUUCUAGCCAUUGUAUGAAAUGAUCAAAUUAUGAUGGUUGGCUAUAAAACGGCAUUAGGACAUUUGUUUACUUAAAGACUUUACAUUUUUGUAGUUGUCUGGGUGGCUUCCGCCGUGGCUAUUUACCACUCUUAAUAUAACCCCUUACGGGUUAGCCUGCUACCAACUUACACUUCUACACCACCAGGUGAGAUUGUAGUCAAAGGUUAACUUGUACUGGAAUAAAAAAAAAUACGCUAAGGGUUCUGCCCAAAGUCUCACUGAUACUGGAAUUGUAUGCAAGGUGCACAUGCUAUAAAGUGGAUCAACUACACUCCUCAGACCGGAGCAGCUCUGUCACAAAAUGCUCAACUACUUCACUUCCUUUGAAUAUGAAACAAAAACUCAAUGAAAAAAUCAAUGGGGAUUUCCUAAGUAUGAACCUAGGUUCGCACCUAGGAACCGUUUAUUGCUUUCCAUCCAUUGAUGGAACUUAAGCAUAUUUCUUAUAAAUAAAAUCUUAAAUAAUAAAUCUUUCUGACCAAAGGUUAUU